GUUUUUCUUAUUAUAAACAUUAACAAUAUUAUUGUAAUUGACUCAACAUAUAAAAAAAACAAAAUGGUAUAGUUUUUAUAUAAUUUGUUUGUAAAAGAAAAUAAAAAUGUGGCCUCUCUCCAUUUAGCUCUUCUCUCUGCAAAGCUUUACCACACAAUAGUCUCCUUGUGUUUCUCUUUAUAUUUGUCUCUAUAACUCUCUUUCGUUAAAGUUUCAUAAAACCUCAACGAACUCCUUCCAUGGCAGCAGGACUAUCAACAAUCGCCGUAACACUCAAACCACUCAACCGCUCUUCUUUCUCCGCAAACCACCCUAUAUCCACCGCAGUUUUCCCUCCAUCUCUAAGAUUCAACGGCUUCCGACGUCGAAAGAUUCUCACCGUUUGUUUCGUCGUGGAAGAACGGAAACAAAGCUCUCCCAUGGACGAUGACAACAAACCAGAAAGCACGACAAGCUCUUCUGAGAUCUUGAUGACGUCGCGGCUUCUCAAGAAAGCGGAGAAGAAGAAAUCAGAGAGGUUCACUUAUUUAAUAGCAGCUGUGAUGUCGAGCUUUGGUAUCACUUCUAUGGCUAUAAUGGCUGUUUAUUACCGAUUUUCUUGGCAAAUGAAGGGAGGUGAAGUGUCUGUGUUAGAGAUGUUUGGUACAUUUGCUCUUUCCGUUGGUGCUGCCGUUGGGAUGGAGUUUUGGGCAAGAUGGGCUCAUAGAGCUCUUUGGCAUGAUUCUUUAUGGAACAUGCAUGAGUCACAUCACAAACCAAGAGAAGGAGCGUUUGAGUUAAACGAUGUGUUUGCUAUAACAAACGCGGUUCCUGCGAUUGGUCUACUCUAUUAUGGAUUCUUGAAUAAAGGACUUGUUCCUGGUCUCUGCUUCGGUGCCGGACUGGGAAUAACGAUGUUUGGAAUGGCUUACAUGUUCGUUCACGAUGGACUUGUGCACAAGAGAUUCCCUGUAGGUCCCAUUGCCAACGUUCCUUACCUUCGAAAGGUCGCCGCCGCUCACCAGCUACACCACACAGACAAAUUCAAAGGUGUACCAUAUGGGCUGUUUCUUGGACCAAAGGAAGUAGAAGAAGUGGGAGGAAAAGAAGAGUUGGAGAAAGAGAUAAGCCGGAGAAUCAAAUUAUACAACAAGGGUUCUUCUACCUCUUAAUUGCUACAAACCCAAUUUUACUUCUUUGAUGUUUUUGUAAUACAUUUUGGGACUAGUCUUUCUUUUAGUAUAUAUAAAAAAUGACGUAGAAGAAAGAGUCAGGCUAAUAAAGAUUUAG